AUGAUACCCUUCCAACUCACCAUCUUCUUCAUGAUCAUCUAUGUGCUUGAGUCCUUGAUAAUUUUUGUUCAGAGCAGCUUAAUUGUUGCAGUGCUGGGCAGAGAAUGGCUGCAAGUCAGAAGGCUGAUGCCUGUGUACAUGAUUCUCAUCAGCCUGGGCAUCUCUCGCUUCUGUCUACAGUGGGCAUCAAUGCAGAGUAAUUUUUGCUCCUAUUUUAACCUUAAUUUUGUACUUUACAACUUAAAAAUUACCUGGGAAUUUUUUAAUAUCCUUACAUUCUGGUUAAACAGCUUGCUUGCCGUCUUCUACUUCAUCAAGAUCUCUUCUUUCGCCCAUCCCAUCUUUCUCUGGCUGAGGUGAAGAAUUCUGAAGUUGGUUCUGCUAUUACUGGGUUCUCUGAUGAUUACUUUUGUGACAAUCAUCCCUUCAGCUACUGGGUAUUACAUUCAUAUUUAGUUUUUCACCGUGGAGCAUCUACCCAGAAACAGCACUGAAACUGACAGACUUCAAAAGAUUCAUCAGUAUCUGUUCCAGUAUCAUAAAGCAGUCUCGUUGGUUGUUCCUUUUUCCCUGUUCCUGGCCUCCAAUAUCUUGCUCAUGGCAUCACUGACCAAGAAGAUGCAACAUCAUACUGCUAGUCACUGCAACCCAAGCAUGAAAGCACACUACACUGCCCUGAGGUCCCUUGCCAUCUUAUUUAUCAUGUUUGCCUCUUACUUUCUAACCAUACUUAUCAGCAUUGGUACUCUAUUUGAUAGGAGUUCUUGGUUAUGGGUCUGGGAAGCUUUCAUCUAUGCUUUGAUCUCUAUGCGUUCCACUUCACUGAUGCUGAGCAGCCCUACAUUGAAAAGAAUUCUAAAGGGAAAGUGCUAG